CAAACUCCUCCAAAAAAGAAAACGCGCUGCAGCAACACGCACAACACUGCACAACACCGUCUUUCUGUGCUUUGCUUUUUGGUGUGCUUGUUCUCAGCGUCAUGAGCGGAGACGGACCAUCGGAGAGCACGCGGCUGGUGAUUGAGGAUGCGCCACCACCAUCCUCGACAAGCACAGACCCGCACGAGCGCGGGCGCCGCUACCAAUCGGGCGGUAGCCGAGGUGGUGGCGGGCUCUUGUCGCGGCAGGUGCUGAUGGUGGGCGGUGUGCUGGUGGUUGCGGCCGUGGUUGUGCUGGCUGUGCUGCUGACGCAGGGGGACGACGCAGCGAACACGGAGCGAGCAGCAGACUCCUUUGCUGCGCGCGUCACUGCCGACGACAUCACCGUGCACCUGCGCAUGCUGUACAACAUCAGCCAGCGGUACCCCAACACGCGCUCUGCCAUCUACGGCGGCUACAACGAGAGUGUGGAGUAUGUGGUCUCGCAGCUGAACACCAGCGACUCGGAUUACUACACCGUCACUGUCCAGCCAUUCACCGUCACCACCUUCAAGGAAACGGCCACCCCAGUCCUCAACCUUACUCGCGAUGGCACGGUAACGCCAUUCCCUGGCGUGGCAACGAUGGCAUACUCCGCAUCCGGCACCGUCACAGCGCAGUUCAAGGCGGUGCGUAACUAUGGCUGCCAGCCGAGCGAUUGGUUCGGGCUCGCGGGCGCCAUUGCUCUUGUUCAGCGUGGCAACUGCACCCUCUACGACCAGGGCUACUAUGGCAAGACGGCUGGUGUUGCUGGCAUUGUGUUUGGCAACACUCCUCAGUACCCAACUCUCCCACUUCGCUCCCGCGUUCGCCGCCGCAACGACAGCGCGACCGUCGACCUCCCCAUGAUCGGCACCUCCCACAAUCAGUUCCUCGAGCUCACAGAGGCAAUCACCCUCGGCCCAAUCAACGCAACCAUCGUCACUGCCGGCGAGCUCGUGCCGCAGUACACGGCAAACGUUAUUGCAGACAUGAAGUAUGGCCGAGAGGACAGCGUCAUUGUCGUCGGCGGCCACCUUGACUCUGUGGAGGCUGGGCCUGGUAUCAACGACAACGGCUCCGGCUCGUCCAUGAUUCUGCAGAUGGCGCUCGAGAUGCGCCGCAUGCAUGCGCAGCCCGUCAACAAAGUGAGGUUCAUCUGGUUUGGCGCCGAAGAGCUCGGGCUGCUUGGCUCCUACCACUACGUGAACGACCUCAAGGCAAACGAUCCCGAGGCGCUUGCCAACAUCACGUGCAUGUUCAACUUUGACAUGGUUGCGUCGCCCAACUUCAUUCGCGGCGUGUACGACGGCGCAACAGCAACGGAUCCCACAGCAGCGAGCGGGUCCACCAUCAUCCAGCACGAGUUUGAGAAGCGCUUCGACGCCCUUGGCCUCACGUGGCAGCUUACGGAGUUCAACGAACGCUCAGACUACGCUGCCUUCACCCUCAACCAAAUCCCCGCAGGCGGUCUCUUCACGGGAGCAGAGGGCCCCGUUGGUGGCAAGACGGCCGAGGAGCGCCGCAAGUUUGGCGGCAUCAUGAACGUCGCCUACGACACCUGCUAUCACAUGGCGUGCGAUGACCUUGACAACAUUCACGAGGGCGUGCUUGGAGAGAUGGCCAACGCAGCGUCCUAUGUCGUGUACGACUUUGCCCUCAAGGAAAACCUGCAGCAGUUCCUGUACCCCAACGCAACCGCUGCUGCCACCAUGGCGUUCUGAGCUGUGUUGUUGCAUGCUGUUGUUGUGUGUCGAUGUUGUUGAUGACCUGUCUGUGCUUUGUGCCAUCUGUGACAGUGCGACAUUGUUGUCGUUUGCUCUUUUGUUCCUGUUGUACAUCGAAUGUUUGCGAAAGAUUCCGCGGUUUUUCUUACAAUGCCCGCCGCGUAAACCCCGGCAAGAAGCAAUCACACACAUCAACUCCUC